ACAGCUCAACAAACUCGGGAGAGAAUUUUAUCGUUCGCUUGGUUGCCUUAUGAUGUUUUGGCAGUAGUCAGGCAGGAGAACGUACUUCAACAACGCGAUUGCAUCACAGUUUCAACGCCGCUUUAUGAAAUGCUGAAGCAGCGAGUUGCUGAGUACCUCGAAGAAAACAACGCGAAAUUCUUUUCGUUCAUGGAGUUCCACGACAACGAAGCAGUUUAUCAGCUAAAGAUUUACACUAAGCGCUAUCCAGGGUUGGGCCGAGUGAUGUUUAUUAUCUCGGAGUGGGCAGAUAGGAACGGACUAUUCACCGGUCGCCUUCAGAGUCAUCACAUAUGCCUUAUUCUAAUCCUCUACGCUACAGGCCGCAUCGUUGGCUCAAGUAUAAAUCACAGGAAACCGUUCUUUGAAAGUCUAGAGGGAUUGAACACAUUUGGCAAUCAAGAAGCAGAAGAGAUGGAGGAGGAGCAACAGAUAGAGCUAUUCGUCGCCUUCUUUGAGUAUCUGGCAUCUCGCGAGUUCCGAAAGCUGCCGCAUCUUUCAUUCGAGGAGCUGCACUACGCGUCAGUGUUUCUGCGUGGUGAAUGGAUACCGCUUCAUGAAGCAGCCGUAAAAACAUACUACAAUAUGGUUUUCAAUCUGCGAUUCGACGAAAUGAGCGACGACCCGCAAAUAAUCCCAAGGAGUUUGACCGUUCGUGAGUGCGAGCCCUUCGUCAUUGAGUUGCCUGAGGACAUAAAUGACAAGAGAGUCCAGCAGCGAAUCAUGGAAAAAACUGGGGUCGACGAAGUUGCCCUACGACGACUAAAUUGCAAACAGGAAGGCCGAGUUGCUGUUUCCGCUCGUGGAACGGUGCAGAGUUUACGAGCGCUUAGAGAAUUGGUGACAGUGAAGCCGCUAAUCAAGACGGCUGCGAGAGGGAAGGAAAUCUCGGAGCAAUUGUGUCGUCUUACUUAUGAAAAUAUUAUGAGA